GACCUCCUCUCCAGUCAGAAGCUCCGGGACCACCUCUCGGCCACCUCCUGCUCCUGGGACCAGCCCACCGCGGUUCUGUGGUCAUCUCACCGCCGCCAACCAUGACCUCCCAGAUCCGUCAGAAUUACUCCCCCGAGGUGGAGGCUGCCGUCAACCACCUGGUCAAUCUGCAUCUGCGGGCCUCCUACACCUACCUCUCUCUGGGCUUCUAUUUCGACCGCGACGAUGUGGCUCUGGAGGGCGUGAGCCACUUCUUCCGCGAGUUGGCGGAGGAGAAGCGCGAGGCCGCCGAGCGGCUCCUGAAGAUGCAAAACCAGCGCGGAGGCCGCGCCCUCUUCCAGGACGUGCAGAAGCCGUCCCAGGAUGAGUGGGGCAAGACCCUCAACGCCAUGGAAGCCGCCUUGGCCCUGGAGAAGAACCUGAACCAGGCGCUCCUGGACCUUCAUGCCUUGGGAUCCGCCCACACGGACCCUCACCUCUGUGACUUCCUGGAGAACCACUUCCUGGACGAGGAGGUGAAGCUCCUGAAGAAGAUGGGCGACCACCUGACCAACAUCCGCCGCCUGAGCGGCCCCCAGGCCUCGCUGGGCGAGUAUCUCUUCGAGAGGCUCACGCUCAAGCACGACUAGGGGCGCCCGGAGCCAGCGGCGCCGCGCGUCUGCCCGCGCUCUCCUGCCAGCCGCCAGGCAGCUUGUUCACAGCCCUGAACCCUCUCCCAAACCUGGGACCAAACGGAAAUAAAGUUUCUUGCUGCAGC